AUCGUUUUCCCGCCUCUGAAACCAAAUGGCAGACACCACAGCUACCAAAUCCAAGAAACGUCGCCGUGCCGAUGCUGAUUCAACGUCCGAACUUCCAUUCAAGGACAUUCUAAAACCCGACUCUGUAAUCCUCGAAUCCCUAAAAGCCCUAGUGAAAUCCACAUCAUCCGCCGCCUCCUCCUCAAAACCCUUGUCCCUCUCCGACCUCGCUCUCCCCACCGCUUGCCGUGAAGUCGCCGACCUCUCUCUAACCUCCGUCCAAUCCGCCAUCGAAUCCGUCGUCCUCUCCCUCACCCACUCCAUCCUCUCCGGCGAAGGCUUCUCCUUCAACGUGCCUUCCCGCGCCGCCACUAACCAGCUCUACGUACCUGAACUUGACCGCAUCGUCUUAAAGGAUAAAAACACCGUCCGCCCUUUCGCCAACAUUUCCUCCGUACGCAAAUCCACAAUCACCACCAAAAUACUCUCGCUAGUCCACCAACUCUGCCUCAAAAGCAUCCACGUCACCAAGAGAGACCUGUUUUACACCGAUGUGAAGCUGUUCCAAGACCAGACUCAAUCCGACGCCGUUUUGGACGACGUGUCUUGUAUGUUGGGAUGUACUAGAUCUUCACUCAAUGUGAUUGCUGCUGAGAAAGGUGUUGUUGUUGGUAGGUUGAUUUUUAGUGAUAAUGGGGAUAUGAUUGACUGUACUAAAAUGGGUAUGGGAGGGAAAGCUAUUCCUCCAAAUAUUGAUAGAGUGGGUGAUAUGCAGAGUGAUGCUUUGUUUAUACUUUUAGUUGAAAAAGAUGCUGCUUAUAUGAGACUUGCUGAGGAUAGAUUUUACAACAGGUUUCCUUGUAUCAUUGUGACUGCGAAAGGGCAGCCUGAUGUGGCGACGAGGUUGUUUUUGAAGAAGAUGAAGACGGAGUUGAAGUUGCCUGUUUUGGCAUUGGUGGAUAGUGAUCCUUACGGGUUGAAGAUUUUAUCGGUGUAUGGUUGUGGAUCGAAGAACAUGUCGUAUGAUAGUGCUAAUUUGACUACUCCUGAUAUUAAGUGGCUGGGGAUUCGGCCUAGUGAUUUGGAUAAGUAUAGCAUACCGGAGCAAUGUAGGCUGCCGAUGACUGAGCAGGAUAUUAAGACUGGGAAAGACAUGCUGGAGGAGGAUUUUGUGAAGAAGAAUCCGGGUUGGGUUGAAGAGCUGAGCUUGAUGGUGAGGACUAAGCAAAAGGCUGAGAUUCAGGCGUUGAGCUCUUUCGGGUUUCAGUACUUGUCUGAGGUUUAUUUGCCAUUGAAGCUGCAGCAGAGGGAUUGGCUUUGAGACCAUUGUGAGUUUGAUUGUGUAAUACUCGCUAUAAUCAUGUAUUACUUUAUAAUGUUUGAUGGUUUACUUCUUAUGGAUUAUAGAUUCAUAGUCCGAUUUGUUGUAUUUCUUUUUAUGCAUCUGAUUUCUAUAAUUGACUGUUUGCAA